AUGUCUCCUGCCCCACGGCCCACCGGCGGUCCGCUGCUCCCCCUGCUCACGCUCGCCACCGCGCUCGCCUCCCUCAGCUCGGCCCAAAGCAGCUUCAGCCCCGAAGCCUGGCUGCAGCAGUAUGGCUACCUGCCCCCCGGGGAUCUGCGCACGCACACACAGCGCUCGCCCCAGUCCUUCUCAGCGGCCAUCGCUGCCAUGCAGAAGUUCUAUGGGCUGCGCGUGACAGGCAAGGCUGAUGCAGACACCAUGAAGGCCAUGAGGCGUCCCCGCUGUGGUGUUCCCGAUAAGUUUGGGGCCGAGAUCAAGGCCAAUGUUCGAAGGAAGCGCUAUGCCAUCCAGGGCCUCAAAUGGCAGCAUAAUGAGAUCACUUUCUGCAUCCAGAAUUACACCCCCAAGGUGGGCGAGUAUGCCACGUUCGAGGCCAUUCGCAAGGCGUUCCGCGUGUGGGAGAGCGCCACACCACUUCGUUUCCGAGAGGUGCCCUAUGCCUAUAUCCGCGAGGGCCAUGAGAAGCAGGCAGACAUCAUGAUCUUCUUCGCUGAGGGUUUCCAUGGUGACAGCACGCCUUUCGAUGGCGAGGGUGGCUUCCUGGCCCAUGCCUAUUUCCCGGGCCCCAACAUCGGAGGGGAUACCCACUUUGACUCUGCCGAGCCCUGGACUGUCAGGAAUGAGGAUGUGAAUGGGAAUGACAUCUUUCUGGUGGCUGUGCAUGAGCUGGGCCAUGCCCUGGGCCUUGAGCAUUCCAAUGAUCCCUCGGCCAUCAUGGCGCCCUUUUACCAGUGGAUGGAUACAGAGAACUUUGUGCUGCCCGAUGACGACCGCCGGGGUAUCCAGCAACUUUACGGGAGUCAGUCAGGGUCCCCCACCAAGAUGCCCCCUCAACCCAGGACGACCUCCAGGCCCUCUGUCCCCGAUAAGCCCAAAAACCCCACCUAUGGGCCCAACAUCUGUGACGGGAACUUCGACACCGUGGCCGUGCUCCGAGGGGAGAUGUUUGUCUUCAAGGAGCGCUGGUUCUGGAGGGUGAGAAAUAACCAAGUGAUGGAUGGAUACCCCAUGCCCAUCGGCCAGUUCUGGCGGGGCCUGCCUGCAUCCAUCAACACUGCCUACGAGAGGAAGGAUGGCAAGUUUGUCUUUUUCAAAGGAGAUAAGCACUGGGUGUUUGACGAAGCUUCCCUGGAGCCUGGCUACCCCAAGCACAUCAAGGAGCUGGGCCGAGGACUGCCUACUGACAAAAUUGAUGCCGCUCUCUUCUGGAUGCCCAAUGGAAAGACCUACUUCUUCCGGGGAAACAAGUACUACCGUUUCAACGAGGAGCUCAGGGCAGUGGACAGCGAGUACCCCAAAAACAUCAAGGUCUGGGAAGGGAUCCCCGAGUCUCCCAGAGGGUCAUUCAUGGGCAGCGAUGAAGUCUUCACGUACUUCUACAAGGGGAACAAAUACUGGAAAUUCAACAACCAGAAGCUGAAGGUAGAGCCAGGCUACCCCAAGUCAGCCCUGCGGGACUGGAUGGGCUGCCCCGCGUCGGGGGGCCGGCCGGACGAGGGAACCGAGGAGGAGACGGAAGUGAUCAUCAUCGAGGUGGACGAAGAGGGCAGCGGGGCGGUGAGCGCGGCCGCUGUGGCGCUGCCCGUGCUGCUGUUGCUCCUGGUGCUGGCGGCCGGCCUCGCCGUCUUCUUCUUCAGACGCCACGGGACCCCGAAACGACUGCUCUAUUGCCAGCGGUCCCUGCUGGACAAGGUCUGACCCCCACGGCCGCCCGCCCACUCCUCCCGCGAGGACUUUGCCUCUGAAGGCCAGUGGCAGCAGGUGGUGGUGGGUGGGCUGCUCCCGCCUGUCCCGGGCCCCCUCCCUUCCCGCCCCCCACCUCCCUUCUUUUCUGUCCCGUGACUGCCUCUGUCAACCUCAGCCCUGGCAUUGCUUCUUCCCUAGAUGGGUCCCCUGGGGGCUGAUCAGGGGCCGCCGUCUCCAGCCCCUGUCCCCCCAGGGGCCUCUGUAGCUUGGUGUGUGUCCAGCCCCACCUGAAUGUCUUGGCUCUGCACUUAAAGGCAGGACCCUCAGACCUCGCUGGCAAAGGUCAAAUGGGGUCAUCUGCUCCUUUUCCAUUCCCUGACGUAACUUUAACCUCUGAACUCUGACCUCAGGAGGCUCUGGGCACGCCAGCCCCGCAAGCCCCCAGGUGCGCCCCAUUGGCAACCUCCUACCACUCUUCCUGGCUUAAAGGAAUCUAAUCUUGUUGAGGGGGAGACCCUGAGAGAGAGUAGGAGGGGGGAAGGGCCGCGCAGCCAUCCUAAGACCUUGGGAGGAAAGCUCAGAGUCAGUCCUCUCCGCAAAGAUCUGCCUCUGCCCCACCUGGCCCCGAGAACUUCCCCAGGAGUCUGAGCCAUUAAGGGGCUGUGGAAACCCUUGACGGCCCUACCCCCACAAAUGUCAGCCUUGGCUGGGGAUGUCAGGGCUAGAGGAGCUGAGACUAGGGGCUGCAGCUACCGGGGUAGGGCAGGGCGUGUGGGGCCAAGGAGAGAGACUGUCUGGAGCCCUGGGGGUGAGCCUGAAGGCAACAGAAGAAUCUUGCUCAAAUGCAGGCAGCUGGGAUAGGGACCAAGGGGCAGAGCAGUCGGGGGGAUAGGACAGGACCAAAAGGCUAACCAGGGAGGUGCAGUGGGAGUGGAGGGCCAGGGGCCAGGCAGGCCAGGCCAGCAGGGACACCACAAGGUGGGCUGUGGUACCCAGGGGAGGGCAUGUUUUAUCGGAGCUCUGAGGAAGGGCCAGAGAACAGCACACCUGCCCCACUUCAGUGCCCUUCCUCCAACCAGAGUACGCGUAUGGGAAGGGUGGGGAGCCCAGAGAAAGGCAGAGAUGACA